UGCGGUUCAUAUAUCGGAUGUUUUUAUUUUAAUUUUAAAGUAGUCCUGUGCAAAAUUUUAAUCUCCUCGGUAUAAGGAUUCUGGCAUGUAUAUGUCAUAAAUUUUAAAUUUUCACAUAUUCCUGACUUAAGAAUUUGCUAUUAGUGAAAUUAGUGAAAUGAAAAUGUUGUUAAAUUGAAAAUUGAAUACAAAUUUUAUAACCUUGAAAUCUACGUUUUUUCUUUUGUUUUGUUAAAUUAUCGGUCCAGUACAUUUCGGUCAAUAUUUAAAAAAAAAAAUAAUUACAAGAAAUUGUAUCAUUUACACUUUGAAAGUGUAUAUAAAAAUCAUUAUUUUUAAAGGUUCAUUUCUAUUGGUAAAGUAGAAAUAACCAAAAAAAGGAUUAUUUUGUGUGUUUUGAACAACAAAAACAAUAAAAAAGAAAAUCUAUGCCAGGCUUCCAUUUAAAUGAAAUUGGCGAAAUGGUUUUAGAUGAGGUUGAUGAUGUUGGUGUGGUUGAUGUUUAUGAUUUAGCAUCGGAUAUUGGUAAAGAAUGUGAAAAAAUUAUUGACCAUUUUGGUCCUGAAGCAGUAACUGGUCUAAUGCCACGGGUUAUAAAUGCAUUAGAAUUAUUGGAAGCACUUGCAACUAAAAAUGAAAAAGAAAAUGCUACUAUACAGGAACUUACUGAUCGGAUAACUCAAUUAGAAAGUGAAAAAUUGGAAAAGGCUGAAUUUCGAAAGAGAUUUGAAAAGUUAAACAUUUACAAUAAACAUAUUAGAAGAAAUAUACUUGCUUACAUACUUACAUGUAUCUACAUUAUGUAUACUUAAUAUAGUUUCUUUAUAUAUGAAAAUUUAAAUUGGAAAAUAUACAUAUACUACU